UCCUUUAAGAUGUGCCAGGUUUCAAGUCAUUUGGAUGAGAACUUUUUGAGUUAUCUUUCCCGCCAAUUUGGAAAACACCGUUUCGAGAAAAACGCGUUUAAAGUUUUGGGUUGUGUAAAAACAUGAUUUCUGGAACUUAUGGUUAAUCGGCGAUACCGGGGCCAUAGAUCACUCCUUCCUCGUGCUCUUAGCAUUUUUUAAACAUUGAAUUGGUCGAUGAACCUGACGAUAUAAAACAGCCAGUUAAUAGUAGUUGUAGAUUUGAAGGUUUUCACCCAAUUACAUUAGAUGAAUUUAGAGUUAUUUGCUUUUCAUUAGGAAAAUCGACUGGAGUAGAUAAUGUUAAUCUAGAGUUAUUCAAGAUUGCUUUCAUGUCAUUGGCCACAUCUUUCUGGACCUUAUUAAUAAAUCAUUGCAGAAUGGACAUGUGCCACAAAUUUGGAAGGAAUCCUUAGUGGUUCCUAUUAAAAAAGUUGCUAGAACGAUUAAAGCCGAAGAGUUUCGUCCUAUCAACAUGUUGCACACAUUAGAGAAAAUCUUAGAACUUGUUGUUAAAGGCCAGUUGUUGGAGUUUCACCGUACCAACAGAUGACGGACGUUCUUCAGUCUCUCACCACUAGUUUCUAUUUAAUUUUCGUUAUUUCACUCCGUAAACGCUUAAACUGACUGCGACGAAAAUAACAUCAAAUCAUGGCUUUUGAUACUUUUUGUUUUGUUUUUGUUUUGCUGUGCGCUACAGCUGUCAAUAUUGCAUAGUAGAGUGGUCCCAUGAUUAGCUAGGGUUCCCAAUCAUUUUUAAUCUUAAAUAAAGUCUGAUUUGCUCAAAUUCUAAGGGGGGCGUAUUGCCCGGGUGGGGCGUAUUAUACCGAGUUACCCUAUCGAGAUUACAGCGCUUGCAGAAUAAAAUAAUGCGCUUGAUUUUGCGAUGUAAUAGAUUCACUUCCUCAACUUUGAUGCUGGACGGUUUGCGGUUUGCUGUCUCGAUAUUUGUGUGAUCGAAUUGAAAGAGAAAGUGAUUAUGAUAGAUAUAAUACUAUAAACGCGGUUGAAAUAAGAACACCACAUUUCUUGACUUGUGCUUCACAAAAUUCUUCAUUUUUUAAAGGAAUAAAUGUUUUCAAUUCGAUGCCUAGACACAUUAAACGUGCAACAACAUUAGCAGAAUUUGAGAGACAUUGCAUUUCACACGUUAAAACUGUCUUUUGAACGGUUAUCCAGUGUGUUUUUUAUGAAUUGACAAAUUAUGUAUCUUGACGAAGUUAUGCUGGAUAGCUGUUAUAACGAAUUGUUAAUAAUUAUUGUAGCACUGCAAAAACUAUUUUGUUCGCCACGAUGGUGAUGGAUUUUUGAUAUUUGAUUUAAUAGUAGUAGUAAAAAAACACUUUUUUUAGUAGUCUACAAAGGUUUGAGCCUCGCGCGCGUAUUACGGAUAUAGAGGACUGAAUUUAACAUUAAAAAAAAAAAUUGCAAUUGUGAAGAUUAUUUGGAAGAUACCUUGAGUUAAUAGUAAGUUUUCUGACAAAUGUUGUGGGUUCGUGAGCAUUCCUGACAUUGCUGAAAAUUAUGAUAGCAUCAGAUUACGGGGUUGCUAGUAUAAUAGGAUGCUUUGUUGAUUGUUCACUAAGUUAUAACUGAUUUAGGAACUCAGCACUCACCAACUACCUACUCGGAGAUCAAACAUACAGCACCCGGUCGACUCAGGCGACAAGAGCAAGCUCCGGAACACCCAGGGUCGACUAGCUACCGGGUUAUCAGAGGGUUUCGUGAUACAAAAACGAAGAACGUUCACUUUUCUUUAAACGCAUUUAUUCGCCACUUUCUGUAUUAUGUGCGUGUUGUUCUGUGUUCACAAUUUCGUGUAAUAUGUGUCGUGCAGCUUAAUCACGUUGUUUACUGUACCGGCCAGGACUGUCUUGCAUCAACGUAGAGAGAGCAAAGUCAGUGAUGAAAAAUAUUGUAUUACUAUUGUCGCGGACAACGCGAUAGUCCGAGAUACCACUGCACAAGCGACACAGAACAAGCAGAAACCUAAACCUAUUGUACCCACACGCCGCACAUAAUUGUACUUCGCUCUACACUCCACACAGCAGGAAAAAACAAACAGCUACAUCACGUAGGAAUAUCCUCAUGACUCGAUCACUCUCGAUCGAGUCGGUAGGUAUAAAAGUACCGGCACCAAACUUUACCUAUAAUCAGUACAAAUCGAACCAUUAUACGAAUAACACCCGUUCAAUAUACAAUUAAUUUCUAACGCCGCGAGUUCAUCUCUUUUUCUCCUGACCGAAGCCAACCACAAGCCAAUCAAUCAGUCUUUUUCAAGACUACAAGAGUUUAACUUUCUGUGGCUAAAAUCCCCUGAACCAGUGACCAUUUCCGGAUAGUUCGCUCAACCGUUGCCAGGCGUUGGAGCUCAUCGAAGAGGAUCCCAGUGCGUGGACAUCUUUUUGGUCCUUCGAACCGGAUAAUUGUUCCGUUCGAAGUGGAAUCAACUUCACACGUGCCGUCGCUUUGUUGCGACCUCACCGCUGCUGCUGCAGCAUCAUCACCGUUGUUCAUUGUGAGCAAUACAAUCGAUCGCCGAUCGGACGGUGCACCUUUUCUGUGGUUUGGUCUGGUGGAGAAGAUUUGGACUCUGUGAAAACUCCGUAAAACAUAGAAAAGUGGACAGUAAAAGAAAGCGCAUUUGAACGCGCAAGUGCGUUAGUGGUUGGAUUCGUUUCGUGGGUUUGAUCGACAAAACCCACACCUCGACUGCUGUCGUUUCCAGGUUUGGCCGUCAAAACCUGUGCCGUCACGUUUCCUGGUUUGGGCGACAGAACCUGUGCCAUCACGUUUCCAGGUUUGGGCGUCAGAACCUGUGUCAUCCUCGUUUCCAGGUUUGGGCGUCAGAACCUGCGCCAUCGAUUGUGAGUUGGGUGCUUGGGUUGGCGUGUCGACUGGUGAGUACUCUCGUAGAGUAAGCAAGGUUUUCGGAUUUUUGAUUGGAGGAGUGGACUGGCAUCGAUUUUUAAGAAUUUGGCUUGGGUUGUGGUGGUAAUUGGUAGUCUGUCUUUCACGUGACGAUCUCAGCAGGCGAUAUGACGUCGCUUCGGGAACGGUCAAAAGCAUUGAGCGUCAUUACGGACGCAAUACAUACCAUCGAGAACUUCGUCAAUACUUACGAUGCCGAGGUCGAUCGAGACAAGAUCGACUCUAGAUUGAGUAGGCUAGAUUUAUUAUAUGAUCGAUUUACUAACGCUUCAAUUGAGUUGGAAUUGCUAAUGGAUGAAAAAUCCGAAACAAAGGCUACGUUUAUGAAGAGCCGCAAUGAAAUGGAGGACAAGUACUACAAUUUGCAUGACUUUCUCACCGCAAAUAAAGUGAACCGCCAUAUUGCUGCUAAUACCUCUCAGGUUUCUACAUCUGUAGUGCGCUUGCCAAAAAUUGAUUUGCCAACUUUUGAUGGCGAGAUAGACAAUUGGAUCCCAUUUUAUGAUGCUUAAUAAUAGCUUAAUCCACAACAAUAAGGGUUUGGCUGCUGUAGAUAAAUUCCAUUACUUGAUGGCAGCACUCAAGGAACCCGUCAAGCAACUCCUUGAUACGACUAGCAUUACGGGAGAUAAUUACAGGAUCGCUUGGGAUUUACUGGUCAGUCGCUUCGAUAACAAGCGCCUGCUAAUUAAAAACCAUAUAAACUCUCUUUUCGCCAUUGAGCCUGUGAAAAAGGAAUCUUCUGCUACCAUAUUGUGCCUGGCUGACCAAUUCGAACGCCAUGUAAAAAUCCUAACGGCGUUGGGGGAGCAGACAGAACAAUGGAGCUCCCUGCUCGUGCACAUGGUGUGCAGUCGCUUGAAUCAAAGCACUUUGAGGGAAUGGGAACGGUCAACAGGUAACGAUAAAGAGAAGGUUCCUACGUAUGACGAGCUGAUAACCUUUCUGAAAGAUCAAGCUCGGAUCUUGAUGUCCUUGAACAGUGGAACCCUGGUACCCUCCCCUCCAAAAGAUAAACCCCGUUUCUCUGUUGCUCAUACCGCAUCCGUUGCAAAAUCAUACCCACCAAAAUCCUUCAGCUGUAUCGUGUGCAACCAACCGCAUCGGAUUUACGAUUGCGAGGUGUUCAAACGGAUGUCAAUCGAACAGAAGCAAGACACCGUCCGCAAGAAGAAGCUAUGCUGAAAUUGCUUAUCAUCGAGUCAUCUCAGCCGUGACUGCUCCUCCAAACCCUGUCGGAAGUGCAACGAAAAACACCACACACUUUUGCAUUCUUCCUCCCCUAACGAUCGUUACACCCAACCCCAAGUGAAACCACCUACUGAAAAUCUACAAUCCACCACCUACACCGGAAGUGGAGCCGUGGUCCCGGCAUCAUUGUCCACUCCAAUUCCACCAUCACCAAUCACCUCGUCCGCCACCCACCAACCUCUCACCAACGCAUUAGCUGCAGCAAGCUCUUCCACCACCACCUACUCGACUGUUCUAUUAUCCACCGCCGUGGUAAAGGUCCACGGCCUGUCGGGGAGAUCUACAUUUGUUCGAACCCUGUUGGACUCCUGCUCCGAGUCAAACUUCAUCACCGAAAGAAUCGUUCAGCUUUUGGGAUUGAACCGACGAAAGCAAGCUGCAAUUAUCGCUGGAAUGGGUGGCUCUACUGUCAACAGUACUUACUGCACCGUAGCAGAUUUCAGUUCUGUUAAUUCCACCUACUCUAACACACUGACGUUCAGCAUCCUCUCCAAGAUCACCAACGAUCUGCCCUGUCGGGCAAUCGACAUUUCGCAAUGGAACAUCCCUCCUGAGUUAGUCUUGGCAGACCCAGAUUUUGCUUCGCCGCAAAGGAUCGAUAUGGUUAUCGGUGCUCAGCUGUUCUUCAGUCUUCUGCAGGAAGGACAGAUCCCAGUAAAUGCUGGUCCUUCUGAACACCAGCCUAUUCUCCAACGUACCGUGCUCGGAUGGGUAGUAAGUGGACCUGUUGCCAUCGAUACCGCUAGCCAAGGACCUGAGCGAGUCGCUCUGUUGUGUACCACCGAUGACUUGGACCAACAACUGACUCGAUUCUGGGAAGUCGAGAGUUGCCCUCAAAGCCGUGGACUGUCUAAGGAAGAAUUAGCUUGCGAGAUGUACUUUUCCGAAACUACCACCCGCGACGAAUCAGGCCGAUUCGUUGUACGCCUGCCGAAGAAAGAGCACGUCUUGAGUCAACUUGGUGACUCCGAGAUCGGUGCCCUUCGCAGAUUUCAAUGGAUGCAACGUCGACUCAGCAAGAACCCCGAUUUGAAGGCCCAGUAUGUAGACUUCAUGGCAGAGUACAUAGAACUUGGCCAUAUGGUUCCCGUAGACCCAUUACAAGACAAAAUCCAUACCCGCUCGUUCUAUCUUCCCCACCACGCCGUGCUCAAGCCGAGCAGCACUACCACUAAGUGCAGAGUGGUUUUCGAUGGGUCCAGCAAGUCUUCUACAGGAAUCUCUCUCAAUGAUUGCCUUAUGGUGGGACCUACUGUUCAGGAUGCAUUAUAUGCUAUGGUCAUCAGGUUCUGCAUGUACGAAGUGGCUUUAGUUGCAGAUGUAACCAAGAUGUAUCGCCAGAUGUGGGUACAUCCUGACGAAAGGCGUCUUCAGCUCGUGUACUGGCAAAGCACGACUGAUUCACACGUCCAUCCCUACGAGCUGACCACGGUAACAUACGGCACCGCAUGUGCACCGUAUCUAGCUACUAGGUGUCUACAGCAAUUGUCCUACGAUCACUCGGCGAGCGAAACCGAUGCUGCAGCACGAAUCGGUAAGGAUUUCUACGUGGACGAUUUCCUCAGCGGUGCUGACACUGUGGAAGAAGCAACUCAGCUACGUUCUGGAGUGCAGAGCAUCCUCGCGUCCGCAGGGUUCGAACUUCGAAAGUGGUCGUCGAAUUCAUCCGAAGUGUUGUCACACAUCCCGGACAACCUGAAGGAUGAUAGGCCAAUUGUCGCAGUUGAUGACAUCCAAGGCUCCGUCAGCACACUCGGUCUGCUGUGGCACCCUGAAUCGGAUACCUUCUGGUUCAAAGUUCCUGAGCGAUUCUCUGAUAAUCCGAUCACGAAACGAAUCGUGGUCUCCGAGAUGUCCAAACUCUUCGACCCAUUGGGUAUCUUGGAGAACCCGGCCGAUCUCAUCUCGAGGGGUGUCGAUCCCUGCGAGCUCGUCAACAACGCACUAUGGUGGAAGGGUCCACCGUGGUUAACGUCCGAUCCAGCGGAGUGGCCAAGUAUGUUUCCAGUCCAAGCCGCCUGUGAAUUUCCUCCCGAAGUUCUCGAGGUGAAGCUUCGUACGCUUGCAGCCGUCACUCGAUCCACCGAAGCUCCCGACCGCACACUGUUCACCCGCUACUCGUCACUAACGAGACUCAUCCGAAUCGCUGCAUAUUGCCGCAGAUUUGUGCGGUACUGUCGGGUCAAGCUCGCUGGAUUCCACCUACAAGCUAUUCCGUACCUUACCUCAGCAGAACUCCUUCAAGCACAAGAAGGCCUUGUAAAAGUUGUGCAAAAUGAGUGCUUCAGCCAAGAAAUCGCUAUGCUUCAGGCCAGAUGCGAAGCGGAUCUCAAGAAAUCCCCAUUACGUACCUUGAAUCCCUUCAUCCACGAUGAUGUACUUCUGGUCGGUGGCCGGCUGAACCACUCUUCAUACUCGUUCACGCGCAAGCAUCCAAUGCUUUUGCCUGCAGCGCAUCCGUUCACUUCACUGCUCGUUGAUUCGGUGCACAAGCAGCUUCUCCACGCUGGACCGCGUGCGAUGAUCGCACACAUCCGUGAACAAUAUUGGCCAUUAAACCUCCGUAACCUGGCACGGAGACACGUCAAAUCCUGCUUGCGUUGUUACCGCACACGACCACAAGCAGUACACCAGCUGAUGGGCCAACUUCCGAAAGUUCGCAUCACUCCGACCCGUGCGUUCCUCAACACGGGCGUUGACUUCUGUGGUCCCGUUUGGCUGAAGGUACCAGUACGUCGAACGAAACCAGCUCCACCGAUCCGAGCAUACGUCGCUGUAUUCGUAUGUAUGGCUACGAAGGCCGUACACCUCGAAUUGGUUGGCGAUCUCAGCUCCGAAGCCUUCAUCGCAACGUUGAAACGGUUCGUUGCACGGCGAGGCAAGCCAAUCGCCCUGUUCUGUGACAAUGCCACCAACUUCAAGGGCGCAGACAGGGAACUACGAGACCUCUGCAAGCAACUCAACGAUCAACAACUACGACUGAAGAUAGCAUCGUUCUGCGCUGAAUCAUCCAUCCAGUUCAACUUCAUCCCCGCGAACGCUCCGACAUUCGGCGGCCUUUGGGAGGCUGCAGUCAAGGCUUUCCAGCAUCAUUUUCGGCGAGUCGUCGGCUUGGAAUCCCUGUCAAGCGAUGUAAUGUGUACCAUCCUCUGCCAGAUAGAGAGCUGUCUCAACUCUCGGCCACUGACGACCCUAUCUGAAGACCCAAGUGACACGGAAGCCCUCACACCGGGACACUUUCUGGUCUGAUCAGCUCUCCAAUCAAUCCCGGAGCCCGACCUUGCCCAAGUUCCCAACAACCGGCUUUCGCUUUGGCAGGAGGUGCAGCGCAGAACCCAAACCUUUUGGAAACUCUGGUCGACGGACUACCUUCAUCAACUACAGCAGCGUUCGAAGCACUACUACCGGCAGCCGAAUGUUCUGGUCGGCAAGCUGGUACUCCUGAAGGAUGACAACCUACCACCGCUCAGGUGGAGCAUGGGUCGAAUCGAAAACGUCCACCCCGGCGCGGAUGGCCUCGUCCGUGUGGUGACCGUCAGACUGGCAUCCGGCGCAGUAUUUGACCGACCGAUCGUGAAGAUCUGCCUGCUUCCCAUCGACGAUGACGCAAGAUCCACCUCCACUUCCGGCGAAGUGCCCGGUGACCCUGACGACAAUGCAGCGCCCGCUGCCAACCCAGAUGAUUGAUUGUGAAGUAUUAGUUAAGAAGUGAAUUUACUGUUAAAUUUUAUGAAACACAUUUUUCAUGGUGGCCGGUAUGUCGCGGACAACGCGAUAGUCCGAGAUACCACUGCACAAGCGACGCAGAACAAGCAGAAACCUAAACCUAUUGUACCCACACGCCGCACAUAAUUGUACUUCGCUCUACACUCCACACAGCAGGAAAAAACAAACAGCUACAUCACGUAGGAAUAUCCUCAUGACUCGAUCACUCUCGAUCGAGUCGGUAGGUAUAAAAGUACCGGCACCAAACUUUACCUAUAAUCAGUACAAAUCGAACCAUUAUACGAAUAACACCCGUUCAAUAUACAAUUAAUUUCUAACGCCACGAGUUCAUCUCUUUUUCUC